GAAGCUACGCAGGUGGAGCUCCAGGGCUUUUACUCCGUCGAGCGAGUUCGAGAAUUUAUCCAAUACAGCGGACGUACCAGCAUGUUUCGAGCACUUGUAGUGAUGGCGAUCAUGCCGUGGCCUUGCGUCAUUAUCACACUUCUCGCUGACGUAAUGCGUUUGGGUCCGCCGUCUCAAGAGACUAGGGAUUCCUAUCAGUUCAUCGUCCGGACUCUUUUCAUCUAUUGGAUUUCAACUAUCACCAUCACGCUACAGUUCCGACACAGCGUCCCCAGCGUCAGACUCUCGAACGCGCGCGUGAUGCUAAACGCUGCAUUUACUGCUGUUCUUUCGUUUGGUGCAAUCUACGCGCUAACACUCCUCAUCGGCUUCCCAUUACCGUUCACGUUCAUCACAGUAUCUCCUGCUUGGGUGACGUUCAUGCUGGUCCCUCUCGCCUCGUUCGUAAAAAAAGCGCGUUUAAAUCCAGAAGUGUGGCUUCAGAUUAUCAACACGUUGAAGACAUGGGUGGGUCAGGAAAGUUUAGUGCUGAUCUACCUAACGUAUUUCUACGUCUUCACGACUCUGCCCUCCAAUGCGAAAACUCCGUUUGCCAUGCUUCUGCCAAUUAUCAAGAUAUUCAUGCGCAAUGUCAUGGCAAGAACAGUGUUGCACUUGAACGACGAGAUCCCAGAGGUGGUUCUGAUGAACGUUGAGAUGUUCAAUUCUCUCUUCAUGUCGUAUUGUAUGCAGAAUUCGCCUUCGAUUUGGACGACACUGGGUCUAAUCGCGAUCGAUGGUGCUUAA